GGGAGGGAGGGAGGGAGAUUUGGAUUGAUUUCCUCAUCCAGCUUCCCGGACGGUGAGAUUUGGGACUAGCCACUGACGGGGGAGGCUAAGGGGGCGCAAUCGGCAGCUCCGUUUACAGCCCACUUCUCCCUGGAGAAGCCAAAGAUCCUGCCAAGAGGGGCAGGGGGGAGGGACCUGCGAGAAGAGCGCAGCCCCCGCCGGUACCUGGGGGAAGCUUGGAAGGCGCUCGCUACAGGGCUUGCUCGCCAGGCUACUCUUUCCCCCUCUCCCUCCCUCUUUCUCUCCUUUCUCCACCCCUCCAGCAGUUCCCGCGGAGCGGGGAGCCGUUUGGGGAGAACUAGCUAGCGUGGCGAAAGGGACACUUGGAGGACUAGGAGGCGUGCGGGUCCGCCGACUGGGCCGUGUGCUUGGAGCCAAGUAUGGAGUGGAGUUACCUGUUGGAAGUCACCUCCCUGAUCGCUGCCUUCUCCUUGCUGCAGCGCUCCAGCGGGGCGGCCGCCGCCUCGGCCAAGGAGCUGUCGUGCCAAGAGAUCACCGUGCCCCUGUGCAAGGGCAUCGGCUACAACUACACCUACAUGCCCAACCAGUUCAACCACGACACGCAGGACGAAGCGGGCCUGGAGGUGCACCAGUUCUGGCCCCUGGUGGAGAUCCAGUGUUCUCCCGACCUCAAGUUCUUCCUGUGCAGCAUGUACACGCCGAUCUGCCUGGAGGACUACAAGAAGCCGCUGCCGCCCUGCCGCUCAGUGUGUGAGCGAGCCAAGGCCGGCUGCGCCCCACUCAUGCGCCAGUACGGCUUCGCCUGGCCAGACCGGAUGCGCUGUGACCGGCUGCCCGAGCAGGGCAACCCGGACACCCUGUGCAUGGACUACAACCGCACUGACCUCACCACCGCCUCGCCCAGCCAGCCACAUCACCAUCACCCGCCGCCGCCGCCGCCCCCUUUGCCUGGCGAGCAGCCGCCCCCGGGCUCCGGGCACCACCGGCCCUCGGGGGGCCGGCCCCCGCACCGGGGCGCCGGCGGCAAGAGCUCGGAGGCUCCCGCUCCCCCGGCCCGGGGCGGAGGCGGGAAAUCCCGGGCCCCUGGCGGCGGCUCCUCCCCCUGCGAGCCCGGCUGCCAGUGCCGCGCGCCCAUGGUGUCGGUGUCCAGCGAGAGGCACCCCCUGUACAACCGGGUCAAGACGGGGCAGAUCGCCAACUGCGCCCUGCCCUGUCACAACCCUUUCUUCAGCCAGGACGAGCGCGCCUUCACCGUUUUUUGGAUCGGCCUCUGGUCUGUGCUCUGCUUCGUCUCCACCUUCGCCACCGUCUCCACCUUCCUCAUCGACAUGGAGCGCUUCAAGUAUCCCGAGCGACCCAUCAUCUUCCUCUCCGCCUGCUACCUCUUCGUCUCGGUUGGCUACCUGGUGCGUCUGGUGGCAGGGCACGAGAAGGUGGCGUGCAGCGGCGGGGCGGCUGGAGCUGGCGGCGCGGGCGGGGCGGGCGGCGGGGCCGGGGCCGCGGGGGCCGCGGCGGGGGCCGCCGGGGGUCCCGGAGGGCGGGGCGAGUACGAGGAGCUGGGCGCCGUGGAGCAGCACGUGCGCUACGAGACUACGGGCCCGGCGCUGUGCACCGUGGUCUUUCUACUCGUCUACUUCUUUGGCAUGGCCAGCUCCAUCUGGUGGGUGAUCCUGUCGCUCACCUGGUUCCUGGCGGCGGGCAUGAAGUGGGGCAACGAGGCCAUCGCGGGCUACUCGCAGUACUUCCACUUGGCCGCCUGGCUGGUGCCCAGCGUCAAGUCCAUCGCGGUGCUGGCGCUCAGCUCGGUGGACGGCGACCCCGUGGCCGGCAUCUGCUACGUGGGCAACCAGAGCCUGGACAACCUGCGGGGCUUCGUGCUGGCGCCGCUGGUCAUCUACCUCUUCAUCGGCACCAUGUUCCUGCUCGCCGGCUUCGUGUCGCUCUUCCGCAUCCGUUCGGUCAUCAAGCAGCAGGGAGGCCCCACCAAGACGCACAAGCUGGAGAAGCUCAUGAUCCGCCUGGGCCUCUUCACCGUACUCUACACCGUGCCCGCCGCCGUCGUGGUAGCUUGCCUCUUCUACGAGCAGCACAAUCGCCCCCGCUGGGAGGCCACCCACAACUGCCCCUGCCUGCGGGACCUGCAGCCGGACCAGGCCCGCCGGCCGGACUACGCCGUCUUCAUGCUCAAGUACUUCAUGUGCCUCGUGGUGGGCAUCACUUCGGGCGUCUGGGUCUGGUCGGGAAAGACGCUCGAGUCGUGGCGGGCCCUGUGCACCCGCUGCUGCUGGGCCAGCAAGGGAGCCGGCCCGGGCGCAGGAGCCGCCGCCGCCGCCGCCGCCGCCGUGGGCGCGGGAGGAGGAGGAGGGGGGGGAGGAGCAGGAGCAGUAGGGGGAGGCGGCGGCGGGGGAGGAGGAGUGGGAGGCGGAGGAAUGGGAGGAGGGGGCUCCAUGUACAGCGAUGUCAGCACCGGCUUGACGUGGAGAUCGGGCACCGCCAGCUCGGUGUCCUAUCCCAAACAAAUGCCAUUAUCCCAGGUCUAGAAGGGGGGGCGGCUGUGGGCCAAAGGAGAGGACUUCGCGGAAAAGGACUAGGCGGGGGCGGGAAGAAAAGGGGAGAAGGGACCUUUGACUGUCUGAAGUUCCCACCCCCGCCCCCCCUCGCCUCUGUUGAUUGCUAUUAGCAUGAUAAUGAAGUCUUAAUGGUGUCCAUUAGCCGGGACUUAAAUGAUUGGGUUAGAACAAUGUACCUGGCAUUGAAGACUCGCCGACCGCGUCCCCUCCCUCCCCCCUUCUCUGCCAUUUAUAUGCAAGGAACUCUUACUGCAAGGCUAUGUUAAUUUUUGUUGUUGUUGUUGUUGGCGAAGGAGGGCGGACUCGGCCCAAUCUCUGGAACGGAAGGCAAGAAGCUUUCACUCCUGGUCCUGUGCUCGGCCUGGAAACCCAAAGUGCAGCACAUGUUUGAGGGCUGUGACUUCCUUCCCCCCGACACCUCCAUUCACUCUCUCCCAUAAACUCUCGUGAUUAACAUAUCCCAGAGGAGAGAUGAUCUCGCUCUAAUGGGACUGCAAGAUCUGGGUUUUCUCAAGGACCAGGCAAAUGCCUUAAACAAACAAACAAACAAAACCAUGUCUUAAUUAUACACCCCAAGUAAAUACGGGUUUCUUACAUUAAAGGAUGUAUUUAUAUAAUUAUUUGUUAACUUGUAAAAAUAUGUAAAAUAUGUACAUAUCAAAAGAUAUACUGUCUGUACAUUUUUUUGUAAAAAGUUUAGAGGCUACCCCUGUAAGAACAAAUAUGACUAUUCUAUUUUGUCAAUAAAAUGACUUUUGAUAAAUGAUUUCAGCUUUGCCCUCUCCCCCUGCCUGUUCUAAACUGUUACUCUUUCAACUACAUUU